AUGGCUUAUUCUAUAGAUGGCUCCGAGUUUAAUUUUGGGCCAGAUCAAGAACCUGAACAAAGAAUUAAUGGCAGCAGAAUCAGAUUCUCCUCGCCCUCUGUAGCCAUGGUUCAGGUGCGGUCUGGUUUCCCUGUGAUGCAUCAGGACACCGAGGAGAAUGUCGGGGCCCAAACAGAAGAGGUGUUCCGGAAUUACGUUUACCAGAGAUACCGGAAUGAUACCAUGCGGGAAGAAGUGGAUAGCUUGCCGCGUGUACCAGAACUGAUGAAUUUUACAGCUACACCCAUGAGCCCAGCAGCUGAGAUAGGGCGUCACCUGGCUAGAAUGGGGGAUGAGCUCAACACAAAAUAUGCUAAUGAAUUUGAUCAACUGAUAUCUGCACUCCACCUCACUGACGACGCUGAAAGCACGUAUGAAGCUUUUGCCAGCAUCGGACGUCGGGUAUUUGCUAAUCGCAACACAUGGGCACACAUUAUGCUGCUCUUAUCAUUCGGUUAUCGGAUCGCCAUAACAAAGUUAAGGCAGCAUGCAGUACAGUUUGCUUCCUUUUUGGGAAGGAUCGCGACAUUCCUGUGUCGAUUUGUGAUGUCCGAACGGAUAGCCAGGUGGAUAGCAGAGCAAGGAGGAUGGCGGGCAGCUUUGAACUACAUUCCUAGUGCAUCUUCAGGCACAGGUCCUCCUGGUGUCUGGACUAGCACUUCUGUCUGUUCUUGCCGUGAUCACCUUCAACAAGUUCCUAAAAUGAUGCUCUUGUUUUUGUAG